AUGGCUACAUUUUCCAUUAACAGCAACACUUUCUCUUUCAAUCUCCAAAUCUUCAUCUUUCUAUUCCUUGCAGCAAAACCCAUUUGCUCAUUUGCCCAACAAGCCCUUGAUAACAACCCAAGCUUUAGUCCCCACAUUUCCCUCUUUGGUGAUGCCAGGGUUGAAGAUGGAGGCUCCCAUGUUCGGCUCACGGGGCCUCACGCGCCAAGUUCUGGACUUUUGUUGCUGGACAAGCCCUUCAAGUUCGCCGACGAAAGGAAUGUGGGUAGGCCGACGUCGUUUGCAGCUGAGUUUUCCUUUUCUUUGUCUCCUGGUAACGGUGAUGGCUUAGCUUUUGUUCUUAUUCCUAAUGGUUUUCAGACAAGGUUUCAGGAUCAAGGGUAUUUUGGCCUUUUUGGUGAAAAUAGGUUCCUGGGUAUUGAAUUUGAUACAAAGAAAGAUGAUAAAGUUGGUGACUUGAAUGCAAAUCAUGUAGGAAUUGAUGUUGGAAGUCUUGAAUCUGUUAAAGUUAGCAAUUUGUCAUCUCUGAAUUUGGUGUUAAACAAUGGGGAGAUAUUGAAAUCCUGGGUUGAUUAUGAUUCAAGCUCCAAACUUUUACAAGUUAGAUUGAGUAAAUUGAAUGACAAGAGGCCUUUCACUCCAAUUCUAGCAUACCGUAUUGAUUUGUUUGAAAUGUGGGGUAAUGAGGAUGUUUUUGUUGGUAUAAUAUCAACAACCAAUGAGGAAUCUUCACAGAGUAGUAGCAAUGUUUAUUCAUGGAGAUUUAGGGUAAGGGAUGUUUCUAGUUGGAUGCAUUCAUUGCCUGCGGAUCCACGAGGUUAUGUGGAUAAGGAUAGUCAGGAAUUUAGAGCUGAAAGGAGUAAGUUUUGUGCUUUGACAAUUUUAGCUGGGUUGAUUUUUAAUACCGGCUGUGGAGCCUUGUUGGCUUUUGUGAUGCUGUUUAUGUGGGCAAUUAUGGUUAAUAGGCACACAGUAUUCCCGGUUGAGUGUCAAGCAGGUCCUGACGAUUUCAGGUAUGAGAAGGUCAAUGUGAUUGUGGAGAAGGAUGAUCAAGGUGAUAAGGAUUAG